AUGUUGAAAUAUAGUCUUAUUAAUUGCAUACUUUUUGCCCUGAUCUUUAAGGCAUGCUGUAGCGAACUAAAACCAAUAACCGAUAAUAAAAUCGCCAACAUACUUCUCAAAUCCCGCUCUUUAAUUGCGGAUAGUCCGAAUCAUAGUAUGGAAUGUUUUUCAAUUUAUAUUCCAAAACUGAAUGAAUUGACCAUGAACUAUGAGGCCGAAUAUGAAAAUUGUUUAAAACGUACGACGGAAGAUCGUAAUAUCGUUGAUCUGGAGGUUCAAAGAGAUCGCCGUGACUUGGAAGAAAGUUCUGCACAAGUUUGUGGUAAAUUUCAAAGUUGUUCUACGAAUUACAAAUCGGCUUUAGAGUUUUUCGAAUGCUAUGGCAAUGCGGUAUGUAAAGUCCACAAUAUUCAAAAUGUGGCCAAAGAAAAAACGGAAUAUAUAAAAAUUAGAUACGAAACCAUUGAAUAUAAUCAUAAUCGCUGCACAGAUAAGUGCUCUCGUACUUAUGUCGAAGAAUCUUCAAAAAUCUAUGAUGACUUGGAUAAGUGUUUAGCCUUUCAAAAUUUUUGA